AUGGACUCUAAACAAUCUGCACUUAUAGAACGAUUCCAGGAUUCCAAAUUGAACCAGAUCCGAGGAAAUAAUGAUGAUAAUGAUGAUGAUGUGCAUUCAGAAAGUGAAGACGACUUGCUUGCGACGUUAGACGACGAUGAUGAUGAUGUCAUGGCCAAAUACAGAGAGUCAAGAAUCCAACAGCUUUCGAAAGAAUUCUCCAAAAUUAACGAUACUGUCAAAUCUACAAACGAAUCUGAAUUGGGAAAUGUCAUUUUGAUGGAAUCUGAAAAGCAAGUAAUGGACUAUGUCACCAGUAACGAAAUAGUACUUGUUCACUUCUUCCAACCUAACUUUGCUAAGUGUAAACUCAUGAAUAGCCAAUUAGAUCAAUUAGCUGAGAAGCAUUUGGAGCUUAAUGUUGUCAAAAUCAAGGCUGAAAACGCUCCCUUUUUGGUAGUAAAACUUGAGAUUAGAGUACUUCCUGUUGUUGUUAUAUAUAGAGACGCUAAGGUGAUUCUGAGAAUUGUAGGGUUUGCAGAUCUUGGAAGCAAUCCUGAUUCGUUCACUUACGAACAGUUAGAAAACUACAUGGCUUGGAAGAAUGUGAUUUCGAGAAAGACCAUUAGCUACAAGCAUAUCCGCAGUAAUAAAAAGGAAGAAAGUGAUGAUGAUUUUGAUUAUUUCGAAUGA